ACCUGCAUGUAUGGCUUUUCUUUUCCAAUAUAAUACGCUGAUUUGAGUAGUUGACAUGCCAAUGGCGAAGCUUCAUAGAUUCAAAAGGGUACCGCGUGCCAUUGCCACCAGUCAAUACGGAAUGUUGGAGUGGGACCCUCUCCUUUACUGGUGGAACCUAAGUUAUUAAUUAAGAGUAAAUAUUGUCAUGCUCAUGCUCAUGCUCAUGCUUUUCAUGGCUACCAUUUCCAUCAUUCUUGUUCUCUUCUUGCCUCUAAUACUAAUAAUAGCAAAUGAAGCCACACCUGUUGAGAACAUCAUUGGAUUGGGCAAAUCGCUCUCUCCCAAUGGUAAUAAUAAUAACAGCAAUCCAUCUUCAUGGCUUUCAAGUUCCGGCAAUUUUGCAUUUGGCUUUUAUCCUCACCGUGAUGGCUACGCUCUUGGAAUAUGGAUUCUGGGCCCCGACAACACCGUGGUCUGGACCGCUAACCGCGACGGUUUGCCACUUCCCUCUUCCUCCACCUUGCAGCUAACCCCACGGGGUUUGCUUCUUCGACAAGGAACCGAAGAAGAAGCAGUAGCGGCACUCAACAUCACUAGCUUUUCAUUUUCAAACCUUGGAAAAGAAGCAGCUUCAGCUUCCAUGCUGGAUUCCGGCAACUUUGUGAUCUAUAAUGCUUCCCGUGGUGUUGUAUGGCAAAGCUUUGAUCACCCAAGUGACACCAUUUUAGGAGGGCAAAGGUUGAUCAAUGGAAACAAAUUGGUCUCUGGUGUCUCCAAAACAGACCAUUCAUCAAUUGGGCUUUUCUAUCUCGUCAUGCAGAAAGAUAACAACCUUGUCUCUUACCCUAUCAAAAGCCUCUCUUUCCCUUCUGAUGCUUACUAUGCCACCGGCACCUACAGCAACGCUCCUAUCACCACCUAUCAUCUCUACCUCAACCAAACAACAGGCUAUCUACUUAUCAGGAAUGACACUGAUUUGAUGACCAAGCAUAACCUUCUUUUUGAUAAUUCUUAUUAUUCGGCUGCCCAGAACAAGAACAAGAACAAGAACAAGAACAACACCACAAUUAUUUAUCGUGCAACUCUGGAUUUUGAUGGAGUUUUCCGACUCUAUGCUCAUGACAUGAUUACCAAAGACAGCAGCAUAGUAAGCACUUGGCCUGAUACUGUUUGUUCAGUGAAGGGCUACUGCGGCUUCAACAGCUACUGUGCACUGGCCGAUGAGAAUCCAUUUUGCUAUUGUCUUCCGGGAUUUGAUUAUCUAGAUCCGAACCAAAACACUCUUGGAUGUAGAAGGAACUUCUCAGAAGACAAGUGUAGUGAGGACGCGUUUUACAGAAUGGUCCCUUUGGAGAAAUUGGCCUGGGCACGUGGUGACCGCUCUUAUUUUCAGGCACAAAUGUCAGAGGAGGAAGAUUGCUCUUCUUCUUGUUUGAAAGAUUGCAAUUGUUGGGCUGCUUCUUAUGAUCAGAAUAGCAUGAUUUGUACAAAGCAGCAACCCCCUCUCAGAUAUGCAAAAAGGAUACAGGGAAACGAAGAAGUACCCUCCUUGAAAUUCUUCAAGGUAAGAAACUUGAACUUGAAUAAUGUUAGCAGUGAGCCUGUGCCUGAGACUCGUGGAACAAAUCAAUUCAUCAAGACUACUAGUAACAAAGCAAUUCUACGUAUUAUUCUUGUUACCUCCAUUUUCACUCUGAUUUUCUGCUCCACUAUUGGGAUAUCUUGUCAUUUGAUGUCAAAGAUUCGAGUUCUCAAGUACAAGAGGCUCUUGGAGAUUGGGGACUUGGGGCUGAAUGAGGAAGUGGCUUUGAGGAGAUUUUCAUACACUGAGCUCAAGAGAGCAACCAACGGUUUCAAGCAAGAGUUGGGAAAGGGCUCUUUUGGAGCAGUUUACAAAGGGGUUUUAUACAAGGCGGGAAGAAGUAGGAGAUUCAUUGCGGUGAAGAGACUUGAAAAGUUGGUUGAAGAUGGAGAAAGAGAGUUCCAAGCAGAGGUGAGAGCCAUUGGAAAAACACACCACAGGAACCUUGUUCGCUUGCUUGGCUUCUGUGCCGAGGGUCCCAAAAGGCUUCUGGUCUAUGAAUACAUGAGCAAUGGUUCCCUUGGCAAGCUUCUCUUUGGCGACGAAAGGCUUCUAGAAUGGGAUGAAAGAGUCAGAAUAGCUCUGGAUAUUGCAAGAGGGAUCCUCUAUCUGCAUGAACAGUGUGAGGCACCCAUCAUUCACUGCGACAUAAAGCCUCAAAAUAUCUUGAUGGAUGAAUUUUGGACUGCCAAAAUAUCCGAUUUCGGACUAGCUAAGCUUCUGAUGCCGGAUCAAACAAGAACCUUCACAGGAGUUAGAGGGACAAGAGGGUACUUGGCCCCUGAAUGGAACAAGAACACACCAAUAACAGUGAAGGCUGAUAUCUAUAGCUAUGGGAUAGUGCUUCUGGAGACAGUGUGUUGCAGGAGAAACCUUGAUGUUAAUGUGUCAGAGCCAAAUGAGAUUCUUCUGUCUGGUUGGGCCUAUAAGUGCUUUGUUGCUGGAGAGGUGCAUAAGCUAGUUCAUCGGGAAGAAGUGGAUAAGAAUGUUGUGGAAAAUAUGGUGAAGGUGGCACUGUGGUGUAUCCAAGAUGAACCUGUUCUCCGCCCUUCAAUGAAGAGUGUGGUGCUCAUGCUUGAAGGGGUUACUGACGUGCCAGUUCCUCCUUGCCCAACUUCUAGCUCCAUUUGACAAAAAAUUGUUAUUAUUGCUGCCUUCCCUGAGUUGAUUUAAUAUAUAUAUUUUUGUGCAUUAUUUCUGUAUUAAUUUACUUUCAAGUUCUUAUUGUAAAACUCGUGCCUGAGCAAUGAGUACAGGUGAAAUAAGGCAGCAGGCUGGAGCUGUAAGAACCAUUGAUUUAUGUCUUAGUUUGCUUCUUCUUUGAAUAAAUUUAGACGCUAAUGCGGCAAAAACUAAACAGUAUGCAUGACUAAAACUAGAAUAGACCAUAUCUCAACUCAAAAGAAAGGCAACUUCAGCCUAAUUAGUAUUUUACUUGGUCAAGGCUAAUAAAGAGUCAGUAAUAGCUGGAUUUUUUUUAAGUAUGUCACAAGAGU